CACUUCCGGCUGCGGGGCAGCUGCUGUGGCUCCCAGAUGAUGGAGACGGAGCGACUCGUGCUACCUCCCCCAGACCCCCUGGACCUGCCUCUUCGGGCUGUGGAGCUGGGAUGCACUGGGCGCUGGGAGCUGCGGAACGUGCCUGGGCCUCCAGAGAGCACACUGCCCCACGGCCUCCCUCCCUGUGCCCCAGAUCUGCAGCAAGAAGCAGAGCAGUGGUUCCUGUCGUCUCCGGCCUGGCUGCCUCUGCACGGCCUGGAGCACCCAGCGCGAAAAUGGCAGAGGAAGAUGGAUCCUUGGUCUCUCCUCACUGUACUGGGGGCCCCAGUCCCCUCCGACCUGCAAGCCCAAAGACAACCCACCACGGGCCAGAUGCUGGGCUUCAAGGAGGUCCUGCUGGAGAAUACAGACCUGUCGGCCACGACCUCCUUAUCUCUUCGCCGGCCACCGGGGCCCAUCUCCCAGUCCCUGUGGGGGAAUCCAACACAGUACCCUUUCUGGCCAGGUGGAAUGGAUGAGCCCACCGUGACAGAGCUGAGCGCUCGGGAGGAAGCUGAGGAGGAGAUAGACUUUGAGAAAGAUCUCCUUACUGUUCCACCGGGCUUCGAGAAAGGCACGGACUUUGCAGCAGAGGCUCACCCAGCUCCAGCUCCUGGGUUGCUCAGCCUCAGCCGUCUGCUCGAGCCCCUGGAUCUGGGUGGGGGCGACGAAGACGAGAGGGCGGCAGUGGGACAGCCGGGAGGUAGCAGAGGAGACACUGUUCCAGCCUCUCCCUGCAGUGCUCCCUUGGCCCGAGCAAGCAGCUUGGAGGACCUCGUGUUGAAGGAAGCGUCCACAGUUGUGUCCCCUUCAGAGCCCCCCAAACCCCUUCCUCAGGAGCAGUGGGCCAUUCCUGUGGACGUCACCUCCCCCGUUGGUGACUUCUACCGCCUCAUUCCCCAGCCCGCCUUCCAGUGGCCGUUUGAGCCUGAUGUGUUCCAGAAACAGGCCAUCCUGCACUUGGAACGGCACGACUCGGUCUUCGUGGCGGCUCACACGUCUGCAGGGAAGACGGUUGUGGCCGAAUACGCCAUUGCCCUUGCCCAGAAGCACAUGACGCGCACCAUCUACACUUCCCCUAUCAAGGCUCUGAGUAACCAGAAGUUCCGAGACUUCCGAAACACAUUCGGGGACGUGGGGCUGCUCACGGGGGACGUGCAGCUGCACCCGGAGGCCUCCUGCCUCAUCAUGACGACAGAGAUCCUUCGCUCCAUGCUGUACAGCGGCUCGGACGUCAUCCGGGACCUGGAGUGGGUCAUCUUUGAUGAGGUUCACUACAUCAACGAUGCCGAGCGUGGCGUCGUGUGGGAGGAGGUGCUCAUCAUGCUCCCUGACCAUGUCUCCAUCAUCCUUCUGAGCGCCACUGUCCCCAACGCCCUUGAAUUUGCUGACUGGAUUGGUCGACUGAAGCGCCGCCAGAUCUACGUGGUCAGCACUGCCGCCCGCCCCGUGCCGCUGGAGCAUUAUCUCUUCACGGGGAACAGCCCCAAGACCCAGGGGGAGCUCUUCCUCUUGCUGGACUCCCGAGGCGCCUUCCACACGAAGGGGUACUAUGCAGCUGUGGAGGCCAAGAAGGAGAGGAUGAGCAAACACGCCCAGACCUUUGGGGCCAAGCAGCCCACGCAUCAGGGGGGGCCUGCACAGGACCGCGGUGUGUACCUGUCCCUCCUGGCCUCCCUCCGCACCCGUGCGCAGCUGCCCGUGGUGGUGUUCACCUUCUCCCGGGGCCGCUGUGACGAGCAGGCUUCGGGCCUCACCUCCCUGGACCUCACCACGAGUUCAGAGAAGAGCGAGAUUCACCUCUUCCUGCAGCGCUGCCUGGCUCGCCUCCGCGGCUCUGACCGGCAGCUGCCCCAGGUGCUGCACAUGUCGGAGCUCCUGCACCGAGGCCUGGGCGUGCACCACAGCGGCAUCCUGCCCAUCCUCAAGGAAAUUGUGGAGAUGCUCUUCAGCCGCGGCCUGGUCAAGGUCUUGUUUGCCACAGAGACCUUUGCCAUGGGCGUCAACAUGCCGGCCCGGACGGUGGUGUUCGACUCCAUGCGAAAGCACGAUGGCAACGCCUUCCGGGACCUGCUCCCGGGGGAGUACGUGCAGAUGGCGGGCCGGGCGGGCCGCAGGGGCCUGGACCCCACGGGCACCGUCAUCCUGCUCUGCAAGGGCCGCGUGCCCGAGAUGGUGGACCUGCACCGCAUGAUGACGGGUAAGCCAUCGCAGCUGCAGUCUCAGUUCCGCCUCACGUACACCAUGAUCCUCAACCUGCUGCGGGUAGACGCCCUCAGGGUGGAGGACAUGAUGAAGAGGAGCUUCUCCGAGUUUCCGUCCCGCAAGGACAGCAAGGCCCACGAACAGGCUCUGGCUGAAUUAACCAAGAAGCUGGGGGCCUUGGAGGAGCCUGACCUGACUGGCCAACUGGCGGACCUGCCCGAGUAUUACAGCUGGGGAGAGGAACUGACAGAAACCCGCAGCCUGAUCCAGGUCAGCAAGGGUGUGCUGGGGGGACGGACAGGGAGGAAGACAGGUGGCACUCGGGGCGCGCCUGAACUGGUCCCUGCAUCCCUGACACUUCCUCCUCCAUCCCGUGUGCACAUCCCCGCUCUUCAGCGACGUGUCAUGGAGUCUGUCAGCGGGCUGAAGGCUCUCUCGGCCGGAAGGGUGGUGGUUGUGAAGAGUCAGGAGCAUCACAACGCACUGGGUGUGGUCCUGCAGGUCUCCUCGAACUCCACCAGCAGAGUCUUCACCACUCUGGUCUUGUGUGAUAAACCCGGGUCUGAGGAGCCACAGGAGAGGCGCUCGGCCGCCCCAGGUGUGCCCUACCCAGAGGACCUGGUGGGAUUCAAACUGUUCCUGCCUGAAGGGCCCUGUGACCACACUGUGGCCAGGCUGCAGCCCGGAGACGUGGCUGCCAUCACCACCAGAGUGCUCCGGGUGAACGGGGAGAAGGUCUUGGAGGACUUCAGCAAGAGGCAGCAGCUGAAAUUCAAGAAGGACCCUCCCCUCGCUGCUGUGACCGCUGCUGCCCAGGAAUUGCUGCGCCUGGCGCAGGCCCACCCGGCAGGACCCCCUACCCUUGACCCUGUCAACGACUUGCAGCUUAAGGAUGUGUCAGUGGUUGAGGGGGGACUCCGGGCCCGGAAGCUAGAGGAGCUGAUCUGGGGGGCUCAGUGCGUGCACAGCCCCCGUUUCCCUGCUCAGUACCUGAAGCUGCAGGAGCGAAGGCAGGUACAGAAGGAGAUAGAGCGGCUGCGCUUCCUGCUGUCAGACCAGUCGCUACUGCUGCUCCCCGAGUACCACCAGCGAGUAGAGGUGCUCCGGACUCUGGGCUACGUGGACCAGGCGGGCACGGUGAAGCUGGCGGGGCGCGUGGCUUGUGCCAUGAGCAGCCACGAGCUGCUCCUCACCGAGCUCAUGUUCGACAACGCGCUGAGUGCCCUGCGGCCGGAGGAGAUCGCAGCCCUGCUCUCCGGCCUGGUCUGCCAGAGCCCCGGGGACACUGGGGAGCAGCUCCCAAGUACCCUCAAACAGGGAGUGGAACGUGUCCGCGCUGUGGCCAAGCGCAUUGGUGAGGUGCAGGUGGCCUGCGGCCUGAACCAGACAGUGGAAGAAUUUGUAGGGGAGCUGAAUUUCGGGCUGGUCGGGGUUGUGUACGAGUGGGCCCGGGGCAUGCCCUUCUCGGAGCUGGCAGGGCUCUCGGGGACGCCCGAGGGCCUGGUGGUCCGCUGCAUCCAGCGCCUGGCCGAGAUGUGUCGCUCACUGCGAGGGGCGGCCCGCCUGGUAGGCGAGCCUGUGCUGGGUGCCAAGAUGGAGACGGCAGCUACCCUGCUGCGGAGGGACAUCGUCUUUGCAGCCAGCCUCUACACUCAGUGACGGAGCCCCGGGGACAAUAAUAAACCAGUAAA